AUGAGGGCGGGUCCGGACCAGGCCCUGCCCCCCUACCCCAGGCCUCCGCCCCUGCCCUUCCAGCGCUCCGGGCGCGGCGCCCAGGUAGAUCGGGAGUCCAAACCUGUCGGGCCGGUUUUGAGCGCUGCAGGUCGAAGGCUGGCGAAGGAUGCACGGCCUGCCCUGUGCUCCGCCCGUCUCGGCCGUCUGAGUCCGGCUCCUGCCUGCCCUGCAGCCCACCCCGACCCCAUGACGCGCGCGCCCGGCCUCCUGGCGCCCCUGCUGGGCCUGGGCCUGGGCCUGGGGCUGGCCCUGACCCUGCCGGGGCCGGGGGCGGCAGACUGCGGGACCCUAGGUCCGGUGGAGCGCCUGGCAUUCGCGCCGGCGGCCAGGGCGCGGUGGCUGGCCCCGCGCGUCCGCGCGCCGGGGCCCCUGGACCCCCUCUACGGUACCGUGCGCAGCUUCCUCUCCGUGGUGCAGCUCAACCCCUUCCCCGCCGAGCUGGUAAAGGCCCUGCUGAAUGAGCCGGCCUCGGUGAAGGUGGAUGAGGUGGUGCGGUACGAGGCGGGCUACCUGGUGUGCGCUGUGGUCGCGGGCCUCUACCUCCUGGUGCUGCCCACCGCAGGCCUCUGUUUCUGUUGCUGCCGCUGCCGCCGGCGCUGUGGGGGCCGCGUGAAGACGGAGCACAAGGCGAUGGCCUGUGAGCGCGGCACCCUUGUGGCCUUCCUGCUGCUGACCACCGUCGUGCUGCUGAUUGGUGUGGUCUCCGCCUUUGUCACCAACCAGCUCAUGCAUGAGCAGAUGGGCCCCAGUGCCGCGGCUGUGCCUGAGACUCUGCUCAGCCUCCGGGGCCUGGUCUCUGAUGUCCCCCAGGAGCUGCAGGCCGUGGCACAGCAGUUCUCCCUUCCCCAGGAGCGAGUCUUGGAGGAGCUGGAUGGUGUCGGCGUGAGCAUCGGAAGCACGAUCCACACCCAGCUCAGUAGCACCGUGUACCAGGCACUGGCCUCAGUGCACAGCCUGGGCCAGGCCCUGCAGGUCUCCGUGGACCAUCUCCGAGCCCUAAACGCCACCUCGGUGGAGCUGCUGGAGAGGCAGCAGGACCUGGAGCCGGCUGUCCGGGCGCGCCGGGAGCACCUCCUCGCCCUGCUGCAGGAACCCGGCUGCCGGGGCUGUGCAGAGGCCCUGAGCCAGGCCCGCACCCUGCAGCUGGGGGCAGACUUCAGCCAGGUGCCCCCCGUGGACGAUGUCCUGCAUCGGCUGAAGGAUGUCCCAAAGGCCAACUUCUCCAGCAUGGUCCAGGAGGAGAACAACACCUUCAACUCCCUCCCGCUCCUGGCUGCCUUGCAGAUGGCCGACGUGGUCAGAGAGCUGAAGAAGGCCGUGGCCCAGCAGCCUGCAGGGCUGACCACACUGGCUGAAGGGUUCCCAGCCUGGGAGGCGGCCUCUCGCUGGAGCCGGGCACUGGAGGAGGUGGAACAGAGCAGCCGCCCCUACCUGAAGGAGGUGCAGAGAUAUGAGAAAUACAGGUGGAUUAUGAGCUGUGUGCUGUGCUCCAUGGUCCUGCUUGUGGUGGUCUGUAACCUGCUGGGCCUCAACCUGGGCAUCUGGGGGCUGUCCGCCAGGGAAGAUCCCAGCCACUCAGAAGCCAAGGGCGAGGCUGGAGCCCGCUUCCUCAUGGCGGGUGUGGGCCUCAGCAUCCUCUUCGCUGCCCCCCUCAUCCUCCUCGUCUUCGCCACCUUCCUGGUGGGUGGCAAUGUGCAGACACUGGUGUGCCAGAGCUGGGAGAGUGGGGAGCUCUACGAGUUUGCAGACACCCCGGGGAACUUGCCCUCAUCCAUGAACUUGUCUCAGCUUCUUGGCCUAAAGAAGGACAUCAGCGUCCUCCUGGCCUAUCAGCAGUGCAGGGAAGGGGCCGCUCUCUGGAGGGUCCUGCGGCUCAAUGAUUCUUUCGAUCUGGAGAAGCACCUGGAUAUCAGCCAGUACACUGCCAAGCUACAGCAGGAGUUACAGAGCCUCAAACUGGAAGUGAAGAAUCUGGACUUGCUGAGCUCAGCUGCCCGCCAGGACCUGAAGGCCCUGCAGAGCAGUGGGCUGGAGAACAUCCACUAUGCUGGCUUCCUUGUUCAGAUCCAGAAGCCCGUGAUGAACACGGACAUGGAGAAGCUGGCCCAGGAGCUGCAAGGACUGGCCCAGACCCAAGGCAGUUCUGUGCUGGGACAGCAGUUGCAGGAGGAGGCCCAAGGGCUCAGAAGCCUCUAUCAGAGGAAGGUCCUCCCCCAGCAGAGCCUCAUGGCCACACUCAACCUCAGUGUCAGGGCCCUGGCAUCCUCUGCCCCAAGUCUCCAGCUGGAGACCUCAGAUGUCCUGGACAAAGUCACUUACCUAAAAGGAGAGCUGCCGAUCUGGGCUACCCAUAUCCUGAAGAAUGAAAGCGAGUGUUUCCUGACCCGGGAGAUGGGCUACUUCUCCCAAUAUGUGGCCUGGGUGAGAGAGGAGGUUACUCAGCGCAUCGCCACCUGCCAGCCCUUCUCUGGAGCCCUGGACAAUGGCCGUGUGAUCCUGUGUGACAUGGUAGCUGACCCCUGGAACGCCUUCUGGUUCUGCCUGGCAUGGUGCACCUUCUUCCUGAUCCCCAGCAUCAUCUUUGCUGUCAAGACCUCCAAAUACUUCCGUCCCAUCCGGAAACGCCUCAACUCCACCAGCUCUGAGGAGACUCAACUCUUUCACAUCCCCCGGGUCACCUCCCUGAAGCUGUAGGACCCCAGUGGGGAUGUUUGCUGACUGCACAGUGAUGCCCGGGGUGCUGCCUGCCCCCUUGACUUGGCCUGGACCAGAGGACUCCUGUCAGUCUUUGCCCAGAGCCCAGACCGCAUGCAGGCCUGGAUUGCCCCCCAUUCCAGUUACCUCACCCCAUCUUACCUGUUCCCUUUCCACCCUCUUUCUGCUCAUGACCCUUCACUCAUCCGCAAAAAUGCACUUAACUUCUGUUGAGCUACAGAGCCAACAGGUCCUUCCAGGUGUCUAUCCCUUAUCCUCCUUGCUGCAAUGUAGCAGCACCAGGAGAAGCCUGUCUCCACCUGUUAGAAGCCCUUCCUCAGCCCCUUGGGUGGGACAGAGGCCCUGUCCAGCCCCACUCUGUCACCACGGCCCCUCCCUCUGCCCAUGCCUCCUCCUGCUGCUCUCCAGCUCCUUGCCGCUUCCUCAUCUGCCCUCCCCACUUGCCCCAACUUCACUCUGUCCCCUCCCCAACCCUUGCGUCCUCCCCCCAGGGAAGCCCUUUUCCCUUUUGUUCCCUCUUUACCUUAUCUUUAUCCCACUACCUUGCCGGCCCCCGGGGACCCCUCCUCCCCAACCAAACUUAUCAGUAAAGCCACAAGCAGGCCAGGACCCCCCGAGCCCUCCACAGACCCUGGCCUGGAUUUCUGGCCCCACCAGGGAGUGAGAGAGGCCUGUCUCAAGGCUGAGCCCCCUGCCUGCACCCCAGGUUAGAAAUAGUGCUGCUGUCCCUCAGCUCCUCUCUGAGCACUGGCUCCCUAGGAAGGGACCUGGGACCUGGGCCAGAGCAGGGGCUUCCCCUGAGCUCCCCAGAGGGUGGCAUCUUCCACAGCCCCCACCCAGCUUUCCCAGGAGGGAUCUGGUGGACAUAAAAGGAUUUUCCACUGUGGCCGUUACUCCUCCCGUCCUAUGCAUGUGAUAUAGGGACAUCCCUAGUCCAUCCCUGAGCCCUUCCUGCAUGCUGGACCCUGCAUUCCAGAAACAGGGAAGAGGAAGAGGAGAGAGAAGAAGAGAUGGACAGGACCUUUGAACCACUGAAGUGUUCUCACUAUCCUGAGCCUUGGCCUUGAUACCAGGUUUCCCAGGCUAGGGCCCUGUGUGCGGUUGGUGUUUAGUAAGUGUUUGUGGAGAGGAGACUCCAGGGCCUCCUCUGACUGCAGGCGUCCAGGGAUUACUCCAGCAAUCAGCAGAUGGGGAGAGAGCCCAGUCUGGGAGCAGGCAGACCUCUGUUCACAUCCUCGCUCUGAUGCUUAUUGGGUGGGGCCCCUUGAACAUGUUCUGUGGGUCCCCAGGACCUCAGUUUCUCCAUUUAUAAAAUGAGGAGAAUAGUCAGAGCCUCCUCAUAGGGCUGUGAAAAGCCUGAUAAUGCACAGAAAGCCCUUGGCAGGGUCCUGGCACAAACAAAUGCUUGAAUGCUGCUAUUUUUUUGCCAUGACUGCUCUGGGCUGGGGGCGGAGCUGGGUCUGGGCAGGUACAGGGAAGAGGGAGAUGGGUCCCUGUUCAAAGGCGCUUUAAGAUUGUAGUCUGCUGCGUUUCAGGAGAUGUCUAUGUUUAAUUGCAUCUCAUAAACUAGCAACAAAUUUGCUAUUAGAAAUUAGGAUGGUGCAUACACAAUGUAUUGUCACUAUUACAAGCACACUCUCAAACGAGCAUCCUUGGAUGUAGCACAAUCGCCUCUUUUUGGCUUUUCCCAGAGGUUUUUUUUGCUUGUUUCUUAUCUGUUGCCCUGUGCAGGGGAACUGUGGUACCCUGCAUCUGAAGAAUGAAAUUGAUAGAAUAAAAAAAGAAAUAGAAAUGAUUAAAAAAUUAUUUCCAGUUCUCUAUCAAAAUUGCCUACCUUAUCUUUUAUAUGUUUGAGUACAUUAAACAUAGUUUUUUUAAAAUUCAAUAACUCACUAAUGUGGAGCCUCCAUGAGUCUAUUUCUAGUGUCUGUUGUUUCUCUUGGUUUUUGUUACUUUCGUCUUGUCUCCUCACAUACUUGGUAAUUUUUGAUUGAGUACCACACAUUAUAUCUGUAAACCUGUAUAAAUAAAUCAAGGAGUAGGAUGAAGUUAUCUUCCUCCAUGAAGAUUAUGUUUAUAUCGGACAGAUGGGAUCUACCAAACCAAGAUCACUUUAAUCUACUUUCAGGGAC